AUGUCCUGGCCGGAGAAGGUGAUGGUGGUGAUGGUGGAUGACCGAACCUGGUGUGGGGUGCCAACUAUGAUGGCUCCGGUCUUGGAGCUAGAAACGCAGGAAAUCUCUCUAUUUGAGAGGCAAAAAAACUGUUUUUUAAGACUAUUUUACAUAAGAAUUACCAAAACAUGUGUUCCUGCAGGAUCGGCGGUGCAGCUGUCGGAUACAGACGACAGUGAAGCUGGACCCUCGGGGGACACGAGGCUCUGGGACCAGAACAGUGAGGUGGCAUCGGAGCGUCAAAACUCCCAGAGUGCACCUGGGUCUCCAGGCCGAGGAGGCGACUCUUCAGACGUUGUUUUUGACGUGGAGUCAGACUGCGAGUCUCCGGAUAAACAGUUCCUCGUCGUUGGGGCGUCGGGAGGAAAAAACUUCCAGCUUCCCGGGACUUCUGAGCUGAAAAUAGGCGGGUCUUUAAUCUCCUACGACUCAGAUAUCUGCUGUUCCUCUUGGACCAAUCAGAGCCUGCCGUCUCACAGACUUCUCGACAACAACAGAUCCGAUAUGAACGUCCCAGCUUUCCCGUUAGCGCUCCAGCUCGCAGGAUCCCAACUGGACCCAGUGGAGAUGAAUCAGUUCUGCAGGGAUCGUCGUUUCGUCUGCAGUUACUGUGGGAAAUGGUUUACGUCGGGGCGAAGUUUGGAGACGCACGUUCGCGUUCACACGGGCGAGAGACCGUACAGCUGCGCUCAGUGCGGGAAGCGCUUCACGCAGUCCGGACACCUGAAGACGCACCAGAGCGUUCACACCGGGGAGCGGCCGUUCGGAUGUACGCACUGCGGGAAGAGGUUCGCCGGGAAGCAGAACCUGAGGAUCCACCUGCAGAAACACCAUCCGGAUCAACAGCAGCUUUAACCAGAAGAAGAACAACAACUUGAUUUAUCCCAUGAGGGGAUAUUCAGUUUUCUGUGAAGGGACCUGUUAACCUGCCACUACAUGAUAUGCGUACAAAUGUUCAGUGCUGAGGUUGCCGUUUUGUUUCUAGGGAAAAAGCUCAAAAUGGUAGAUUAUUUCAACGUUGCAGCAGACGGACAACUAAUCAGGUAACAGCUGGCUGUUUUCACAGCAAGGCUCUGCAGGAUGAGCUAAAGGGGCGGGACAUCUGUAAGCGGUUGACCAAUCAAAACAGAGCCGGCCAGCUAACCAAUCAGAGCAGACUGG